CGCAAAAACAUGGCGGUAAUAUUGGCCAAAACCAGACUGAAUUGAAAACUCUUACAUUCAUCCCCCUUCCAUUUUUUCUCUUUAAUCCCUAUACUUAGGUUUUGGGAAAAAUCAUCAAGGGGAUGGAGAUGGAAAAAAAAAUCAUAGUACCACCCCUAUCUUGUCAUUAUUUUCAUUAGUGUCAACAUAUUCAACCAUGGGCAUUUUCUUGGUAUUUUUAUUUUUCUUUAUCACAAAUCCAUAUGUUAUUCUUCAUGUCUAUGCUCAAGAUGAUACAGCCACUGCAAAAUCUUUUCCAGCUUUUACACCACAAGAUAAUUACCUAAUUGAUUGUGGUGCUACUUCCCCUACCACACUUCCAGGGAACAAAGUUUUUCAACCUGAUCAAAAUGCAGCUAAAUACCUCUCUUAUAGUGGUAAUGAUAUUCAAGCUUCUGCGUCGGAAAAAAUUAAUGUCCCUUCAAAUAUAUACCUCAGUGCAAAAAUCUUCACAACUGAAGCUACGUACACAUUUCAUGCUAGUAGUCCUGGAUUGCAUUGGAUCAGGCUGCAUUUUUUACCCUUUACUUACAACGAAUAUGAUCUCAAAAAGUCUAAAUUUUCUGUCCAAACGGAUGCAUUAGUCCUCCUCCGCGAUUUUCAAACUGGUAAAGAUGAGGCCAUUGUCAAGGAGUUUAUUGUUAAUGUCACCACGGAGCGUUUUGCUAUUAAAUUUGAGCCAGCUAAAGGGUCUGUGGCAUUCGUUAACGCUAUUGAAUUUGUUACUGCCCCUGGCAAUAUUCUUGAUUAUUCUGUACCUGUUCUUUUCCCUGUGUCACAAAAAUUUGAUCUUUCUAAAAGUAAUUUUGAGACAAUGUAUAGGCUUAAUGUUGGGGGUCCUCUUUUGGAUUCAACCAACGAUACUCUUGGACGAAAUUGGAUGUCUGAUGCACAAUUUCGAAACAAUGCCACAGGUCAAGAGGUAUCUACACAACCCUCUGCUGUUAAUUAUCUAAAAUCAGGAGGUUCCCCAUUGAUUGCUCCACCAGCAAUUUAUAGCUCUGCUGUAAAGAUGGCAGAUUCAGAAACAACACUUCCUAAUUUUAACAUAUCUUGGACUAUGGACAUUGACACUGUGUAUCCUCACCUGAUACGCUUGCAUUUCUGCGAUAUUAUUAGUAAAGCGCUUAAUGAACUCUAUUUCAAUGUGUACAUUAAUGAGAAGAUGGCCAUUUCUGGGCUAGAUUUGUCAUCAUUGACAAAUCAUUUGUCUACAGCUUUUUACAAGGAUUUUGUAGUAGAUUCAACCAUGGUUUCAAACCCUCUCGUCGUACGUGUUUCUCCUGUGAAUGAUGCCCAAGGUUUUAGAAAUGCAAUUCUAAAUGGCCUUGAGGUGUUUCGGAUGAACAACUCUGUGGGUAGCUUAGAUGGAGAAUAUGGUGUUGAUGGAAAAAAACAAAAUGGCCCAAGCAAAACUGUGGCUUAUGUUGGAUUUGCAAUGAUGUUUGGAGCCUUUGUGGGGUUGGGUGCAAUGGCUGUUAAAUGGCAAAAGAGACCUCAAGAUUGGCAAAAGAGGAAUAGUUUCUCAUCUUGGUUGCUUCCAGUUCAUGCUGGUGAUACAACUUUUAUGUCAUCAGCUUCGCGCAAGAGUCAAUUCUUCUCAUCAAAUAUGGGAUUAGGUAGAUACUUUACUUUUGCUGAGUUGGCAGAUGCCACAAUGAAUUGGGAACCUAGUGAAAUAAUCGGCGUUGGUGGCUUUGGAAAUGUUUAUUAUGGAGAACUUGAUGAUGGGACAAAAGUUGCUGUCAAGAGAGGCAAUCCACAAUCUGAACAAGGUAUAAAUGAAUUUCAGACUGAAAUUCAAAUGUUAUCUAAGCUAAGGCAUCGUCAUUUGGUGUCGUUGAUUGGGUAUUGUGAUGAAAGCGCUGAGAUGAUAUUAGUUUAUGAGUUUAUGCAAAAUGGUCCUUUGAGAGAUCAUCUCUAUGGAAAGAACAUGCCACAUUUAUCUUGGAAGCAAAGAUUAGAAAUCUGCAUUGGUGCUGCUCGCGGGCUUCAUUACCUCCACACGGGUGCAUCUACUGGGAUAAUACAUAGAGAUGUCAAAACCACCAACAUUUUGCUCGAUGAAAAUUUCGUCGCCAAGAUGGCUGAUUUCGGACUAUCAAAAGAUGGACCGACCACGGAGCAAACUCACGUGAGCACUGCUGUUAAGGGAAGUUUUGGAUACUUGGAUCCUGAGUACUUUAGGAAGCAGCAGUUAACUGACAAAUCUGAUGUCUACUCAUUCGGGGUUGUACUUCUUGAAGCCUUAUGCGCUCGUCCUGCUAUUAAUCCAGCACUUCCAAGAGAGCAAGUGAAUUUGGCAGAAUGGGCAAUGCAAUGGAAGAGAAAAGGCUUAUUAGACAAGGUCAUUGAUCCCACACUUGUAGGACAAAUUGAUCCAGAGUCAAUGAAAAAAUUCGCGGAAGCAGCAGAGAAGUGUUUAGCUGAGUAUGGUGUUGAUAGACCUAGUAUGGGUGAUGUUUUGUGGAAUUUGGAGUAUGCUUUGCAGCUGCAAGAAGCCUCAUUACAAGGAAAGGCCGACGACGAGAACAAACCAAUUUCUCCUGCUACAGUUGCUCAUGCUCACGUUGUUGAUUCCACAUCUAAUAACCAACAUAUUUCUUCACCAGAGCAACAUAAAAAUCCUCCUGAAGUUCAAGCUAUUGAUAAUGAGUAUUCAGGGACUGCUAUGUUCGCUCAAUUCUCUCCUCUCAAUGGACGAUAAAAGGAACACUUGUUUGAUAGACAUAUAAAAUAUUUACAACGGUUAUGAAUACGUGUGUGUAUUUGUAUAUAGUAAAAUUCAGCUUUUAUGGAUGCCAUUUUGCUGAAAAAAGUUAAGAGCUGAAUUCUACUUCAGAACAAUAUAAUGUUUCACAUAAUUUACUUUACUACCACAUUAUUUCUCUUCUUUUUUUCAUUGGCAUCUCUUGUGUCCUCUCUUUCUUUUUGAUGGAAUAAAAAGCUAAAUCAACAGAUCUA